UAUGUAUCGCAGUGAUGGAUCGGGUUCAUAUCGUCCUGGACCAUCUCUGCUAAUAAGUCGUAUCCUUCAGCGAGAUGAUGUGUAGUCCUGCAUCACGUGAUCACGUGGGGGUAAGAGAGAGAGAGAGAGAGAGGCUGGUGUCUUCCCAUCCGCAGACGCACGGUGCUCGUCAAUAGGAUGCCAUUACACAAACCCCACGGCCGAGCUCCAGCGUGGAUUACCUUCAAAUCGGAAGGCAUCUGUUGAUGGUCGGUGGGAGAGAUCAUUAGAUCACGUGGGGCGCGUGUCGGCGCCGCGUGAUGGAGACGCAUGACGAUGAAGAAGAAGCCAUGAAGACACGCGGGGCUCCCGCCAAGGACGCCGUCACGCGCGACGACUCGUCCCCGCCCCCCCCAGCCCGGACUCGGAACUUCUCUGUGACCCACGCGUGGGAGAUUUGAGCGCGUGCGCGCGUGUCCAUGGUGCUGACCCCGGGCUCCAGGGAUGGUGGAGACGCUGAGUAUCGCCGUCAUCGGUGCUCCCGGAGUGGGCAAAACUUGUAUAAUCCGCCAGUUCAUCUACAACGACUUCGCGGAGGUCUACACGCCGACCCGCAGCAGAUACGUGUACCGACCCUCCGUCAUUCUCAACGGCAGCAUGUACGAGCUGAAGGUGCUGGACGUCCCGCCGAUAUCGUCCUUCCCGUCCAGCUCCAGUCAGGAGUGGCUGGAUUUGCGUUGCAGAGGCGUCCGCAACGCCAACGCCUACAUCCUGGUGUACGACAUCUGCUGCGUGGAGAGCUUUGAAUACGUGAAGAUGAUCAGGCAGCAGAUAGUGGAACACAGGGAAGGCAGCAGCAGCGAAGUGCCCAUCCUGGUGGUGGGCAACAAACGGGAUCUGCAGCGUCAGCGCUUCAUGCCUCGCAGGGCCGUGUCGGUCCUGGUCAAGAAGACCUGGAAGUGCGGCUACGUGGAAUGCUCGGCCAAGUACAACUGGCACGUGGUCCUGCUCUUCAAAGAGCUGCUGGGCAUCGCCGUGGCUCGGGGCCUGCGCCAGAAUCACACCUCUAUCCGUCUGCAGGGGGCGCUGCAGAGGAACCGCUGCACUGUCAUGUAACCCUGGGUCGGGGUGGGGGAGGGGCAAAGGACUUCUUCUUGAUCUAAAUGGCUGGAAACAAAAUACCCCGUGGCCUCCUGCUUUACUGAGCUUGAUUUUUUUUCAUAACGAGAUUUAUCCCGAGCUGCGCCGUACACGAUGUCCCUCAUGACCACUAGCCGGUCCUGGCAUUGCAUCGAGAAACCGACUGGAGGGGAAGCAGUUUUUGUGUGAGACUCAAAACGGAGAGGCAGCAAUAUUUGUUGAGUCUUCCUUUGGAUUGCGUCCUAUUCAGCGAGGAGACAACUGAACAAAAAAGAGAUCAUUGCAAGUUGACGUUUCUAGAUCGAGGUCCUUUUUUUCUUUCCUGUCCACACUGCCCCCAUGAAGAGGUUUCUUUAGACCAGGGCUGUUCAACUAAAUCCUUCAAAGGGCCACUUUUUCAAAAAGCUUAAGACCUGAUUUCUCCCGGCACUAUUUUGAGAACCAGCAUUCUCUGCAGUGGACAUUUGUUUUUGUGAGCGUUACAAAUUUCGGGAAAAAAAAAAUACAAAAGUCCACUGCAGUGGACACUCUGUCUCUUCAGGAUGCGCCGCUUUUUGGACGGUCUUAUUUACGUGUCCCCUCUUCAACAGCGUCUUCUCCCCGUCAUCUUUGUUGUACCGGUGGUUUUUAGCGCUUCCAUAGUGAGUCUAUUGACAGAUAUAAGUUAGAACUGUACACUAUUUUAUAUUAGAAAUGGCAACAGCGAAGAAUGAGUGCCCCACAACAAGAGGAUAGAGAAAAAGAAGGAGCUCAUUGACAACGUCGUCGGCACGGACUACAAUGGCGGACGUGCGCAAACUUUUGGGACUUGUGCAGAUCCCAAAUACAAUAUAAUCAGCAGGUACAAUUAAGUAAAAAAGUUGUUUUUGCAUAAUAAGUCGAGACAAAACGCCAGAUAAUGCCUUCUAAUAGGUGCCAUUUUGGGGUCCUUAUACACACACCAUAACAAUACCCGUAUGUUGAAGCACAGUGCGUCUGACUACUGUAGUCGUCCAUCAAGCUGCUUCCUAGCUUACCAAAGUCGUGGUAAAACAUUUUGACGGAUUUUUGAGCGACGUGUGUAAUGUUCUAUAUUCCCAAUGAAACAUCAAAGUUUUGGUCUUAUUGAAUAGAGCCAACCUGCUGUCCACAUGUAUCCCCUAUGUGUGACUGCCAUCUACUGGUCACACUUGUCAUUACACCAUGUACCAAAUAAAAUUCCUUCGAGGUCGGUAAACACAACCAGAAUAUUUAGGGCACCAUGUUAUGAGGUGCACUGUCGAUUUUUGAGAAAAUGAAAUUAUUUUUAAGUGUGCCUUAUAGUCCGAAAAAUACGGUACUUAAAUUCUGACAGGAAAAAAAAUUUAAUGCAUGCAAAUGCAGUACUUAACUCAAUAUUAUUUGAUACAACAAGCAAUUUCAAGCUUUAUUUUUUUGUCAUUUUAACCCUUUUCAAAUUUAAUUCUACACUAGCUAAACUAAAAUAUCUGCUCACUUUCCUUUCUAAUUCCAAAACAAGUCUUCCAUCAGUUUGUUGGUACAUGAUAAUAAUAAUAAUAACAAUAAUCAAAUCAAAGGGCAAUUUUGUAAGAAAAAAUCAGCCCCUCCAGGAUUUUGCGCGCUUCUUUGUGAACAGCGUGACCUAAAAUGCCAUAUUUUGCUGCAGUUCUAAAAAGUAUAGGGAUUAGGCUAAAAUUACUUCUUUUUUUUCUGUCAGAAUCUAAGUACCGUAUUUUUCUGACUAUAAGGCACACUUAAAAGUCAUUUCAUUUUCUCAAAAAUAAGGUGCACUGUCGAUUUUUGAGAAAAAUGAAAUGAUUUGUAAGUGUGCCUUAUAGUCAGAAAAAUACGGUACUUAAAUUCUGACAGAAAAAAAAAUGUAAUGCAUGCAAAUGCAGUUCUUAACUCAAUAUUGUUUGAUACAACAAGCAAUUUCAAGCUUUAUUUUUUUGUCAUUGAAACCCUUUUCAAAUUAUAUUCUACACUAGCUAAACUAAAAUAUCUGCUCACUUUCCUCUCCAAUUCCAAAGUAAGUCUUCCAUCAGUUUGUUGGUACAUAAUAAUAAUAAUAAUAAUGAAAUCAAAGGGCAAUUUUGUAAGAAAAAAUCAGCCCCUACAGGAUUUUGCGCGCUCUUUUGUGAACGGUGUGACCUAAAAUGCCAUAUUUGGCUGCAGUUCUAAAAAGUGCAGGGAUUAGGCUAAAAUGCGAGGCCGACUAAUAAUUUGCUGAGAUUGGUUGAAUUGGUGUGAAUUGGCGCAAUCACAAUAUUGCAUAAUCCUGGAGGGACUGGCUGAUAUGAAGCGGCCCUCUGAGUGCUUACGUGACUGCGACGUGGCCCACGAUGAAAAUAAAAUGAAAUGAGUUUGACACCCCUGAGGAGGUUAUAAUGUCAAAAUGCCAAUAUGCUUAUAAUGAUCUAACUUCCUCUAUACAGGACACGCUAGUGUUUUUAUUAUAUUUGAUUUAGGGAUGUUCCGAUCAGGGAUUCAAGCUGCCGAUUCCGAUUAUCCAUGCAUUAGAUCGACCGAUACCGAUAAGAUGUAUUAACUGUAAUUUUUCCAAUUUAGACAUGGUAAGUGCUACUGAUAGGCUAACAACAUCAGCACAAUAUUCAAACGAGUUCCAUUAUAUAAAGGGUGGCGUGGCUCAGAUGGUAGAGCUGCCGUCCAGCACCUUGAGGGUUCCUGGUUCGAAUCCAGCUUCCCCAGCAGCAACGGCUUCCGUCAAUUCCCAGACCUUGCCUCCCAUUGUCUGAAUGUGAAUGAACGUCAGUCUCCUCCAGGGCAGCCGUGGCUACAAAUGUAGCUUACCACCAUCAAGGUGUGAAUGAACGAUGGGUCCUCAGUUCUCACUGUAAAGCACUUUGUCUAGAAAAGCUCGGUAUAAAUCCAUUAUUGUUAUUCUCUUAUUGCAUACAAUUGUUUGAGCAAAACAAAGUCAUUAGUACACAACGACUAAACCUACCGUGCUAUCUACUAAUCACUUAAAUCAUUUAUGUCCUUCAAGUCCUACUGUGUCCAGGGACUUACUUUCUUACAUUUGUAAACAUUAACAAAAUCAAUUAAAAAACAUUAUUUUGAGAAAAUAAAAUAAAUAUCGAUGAUAUACUUAUAUUACCUUUGGUGUCGACACCGCCAAUUUAUGAUCAAUCCACUCUCCUCUUAUAUGUACUGACUGUGACAAUACUGACACACCAACAGUUUUCGUAUUAUCCUCUCUCUAGACUCAUAUUAAUCUACUUAUUUCCUGUUAAUAACUGUUUACUUUCUACUUCUUAAACUUAGUGCUUAUUUCUUCUGUUGUUUCUAGCUAGCUUAGUGGCUAAUUUAGCGCUUAGCUUAGCUAUUAGCAUGCCUGCUCCUGGCUUGCUCACGGUGUGUACCUAAGAUAUGAAGAAAAUCUGUUUAUUUGCCGUAAUGGCGGUGGUUAUCAUUAACUUAGGGGAGCGGCUCCACACUGUGGAUGGAGAUACAUAAUUAGCUGCUCGCGACUUGUCAGCCGGGGGACUAAAAAUAAAUACAAUUUUAGCCAGAGGGGAUUGGCGUUUGUGAUCGGCACAUCACUGUUUUGAUUUGCUUUUGCUGAAUUUUUGGAUUGAACUCGGUGGCCGGUUAUGGGAGAGUUAGGGUUUGUCUCAAGAAAUAUUGGUUUUAGGUCAGAGUGACCCGAUGGCAUUCCUGGACCAGAAUUGAACCAGCCUGUGGCCUGUUGAAUAGCCCUGGUUUAGGCUAAAAGUGUCGUAUAGCUGUCUUGCAGCGUAAAAACGCUGCUGCAGUCCCUUAUCAUGAUGUACUUGUAGGGCCAACACACCCCAACCCAUCCCUUUUUAUCACACACACACACACACACACACACACACACACACACACACACACACACACACACACACACACACACACACACACACACACACACACACCCUCAGUGGCGGUUGAAUACAAUAACGCAAGGGACCGGCGGGAGGCUGCAGAACCUGAAAUGAGGCGCUGCAUGUGGGUUUUGUACAGUGUGUGUGUGUAUGUGUGAGUAUGUGUGAGUGUGUGUGUGUUCUUGUAUUUCCACCCUUCUUGAGACAUCAACAAGGAAAAGUGCCUUCCAUAUGAUAUGUCAAGUUAGGACAUAAAUCAUGGUUCCAAUACGGAAAACCAUUGCAUCUAAUCGAGAGCCAAAUACUAUAGUCUGUGAACAUUGCUCCAAAGUCAGGAUUUUUUUGUUGAUUUAAUGUGCAUACAAAAGUUAACAUUGACAGGUGCAAAGGCAGCAAUAUGUGACAAAACAUGACGGCAGCUAAAGAAGGACUAUAGUGGCCAUUAACAGUUAGCUUCUACAGCUGUGUUGCCCAAAGUGCGGCACCGGGGCCAUCUGUGGUCCGUGACUCGUUUGUCAUCGGCCUUAAGUACAUUACAAAAAACAAAAAUAUAGAGAUCUCAUUUGCACCCCUGGUGGUGAAAUCUAUCAAAAUUAGGGUGGUCCCAAAAAGGAGGUAUUUUUCAAAUUGAUUGUGUGUUGGGUUUAAAAGUGUUCCCCCUCUGGUCAACAUAUGAAAUAACAAGUGUGUGUAAAAAAUUGUAAGUGCUCCCCCACUGACCAACAUAUAAAUAACAAGUGUGUGUAAGAAAUUAAAAUGUGCCCCCUUUGGCCAGAAUUAAUUUAAAAAAAUAAAAAAUAUAUGUAUAUAGAGACAUACUGUAAUAACAUGAAGAAAAUAAUGAAGAUUAGAAACCAAUUACAAACAAAAAAUUCAAAAAUACAAAUAAUUAACUAAAAGCAGUCUUUUUCUCACAAUGUGUCGACUUUUUUCUUAUAAAAUUGGGAACAAUUUCUCACAUUCUUUCUGUUUCUGUAAUAUUGCAAUAUUUUCUCGUAAAAUUAUUACUUUUUAAUGCAAAAUGGUGACAUUUGUCAUAUAAAUGAUUCCCGGGCGUGGCCACCGCCGCUGCUCACUGCUCCCCUCACCUCCCAGGUGGUGAUCAAGGGUGAUGGGUCAAAUGCAGAGAAUAAUUUCGCCACACCUAGUGUGCGUGUGACAAUCAUUGGUACUUUAACUUUAACUUAAAAAUUCUGACUUUUAUCCCAAUAUUGCCAAUUUUUUGGUUGUUGCGUAAAAUUAUGACUUUUGUCAUAACUUUGCCAAGUAAAAUUCCGAUUAUUAUUAUAAUAUUCUAACGUUUUCUUAUACAAUUGUGAGUUUUGUAGAGUAAAAAUACGACUCUUUUCAUUAAAUUGCCAAGAUUUUAAGCUUUUCUCGUAAAAUUGCGACUGUCAUUGAGUAAAAUUCCAAAUUUAGUCAUGAUAUUGCACAAAUGUUCCGUUUUUAUUGUAAAAUUUUGACUUGCGUUGAGUAAAAUGACGACUUUUACUACAACACUAGAGGUAGGCAUUUUUCGGAGGUCUCAAGAAGGUAACAAAUACAAGAGUGUGUGUGUGUGUGUGUGUGUGUGCGCGUGUGCGUGCGUGUGUGAGUGUGUGUAUGUGUGUGUGUGUGUGUGUGUGUGUGUGAAGCAGACAGAGGCAGGCUUGAUCACUGACAUUCAAACAAAGGACAGAAAGAGCAAAAUGAGUGACAGAUGUUGGAAGGAGCAAUAAUUCCCCCAGAGGUGCCGAGCCACCGCUGGGUUAUGAUAAAAAUGCCACCCAAACAUUCAAACCCAGUCAUUCCAACUUUAAAAUGCUGCAGCAGACUUCAACCAAACAAACCCGCACGUGUGCUGCAGACACACAGAACCUUAAUAAAGCUUUUCUGAGCAGGAUCACAAAGGUCAUCAUGUGAGAUCUGCGGCCGCACAAAAUAGACGACUCGAGAGGGAUUUAUAGGAUAAUUACCUUGCAUGCUGUGGUUGGUACUAGCUCCAACAGGUCAGGUUUUAAUUGCACUGAUGUGAAAAUGUGAUAUUGUGACUGUUUUGUAACACGUGCUUUUUUCUGACGCCGCAGAGUGGAGUGAAUGUGGUGGUUUUACACUGGCAUGUGAGGAGCACACGCUUCAAGAUGUAGUGUUCACCCUUCUAGAUGACAUCUAGAUGGCUGUUUUAGUAGUUUUGGUUUUCUAUAGAUAUAUAAAUAGUAAAAAGAUGUAGCAGCAACCAAGUGUAGCAUGAUCAGAUUGUCUGUGUUUCCAAAUAAAAAGGGCUACAGUUUUUUUUUUU